AUGGUGCGUCAACUCCAUGAUGGCAUGAUGGCGCGAGUCACGGACAACAAAGCUAUCUCAGAGGCAUUCGCAGUGACCAACGGAGUGAAGCAGGGCUGUGCCCUGGCGCCCACCUUCUUUAGUCUUAUCUUCACUGCCAUGCUGAUGGACGCCUACCGCGACGAACGCCCUGGGAUCCGCAUCGCCUACAGGACGGACGGUCAUCUCCUGAAUCAACGACGGAUGCACUUCCAAUCACGCGUAUCCACAGCCACCGUCGACGAACUUCUCCUCGCCGACGACUACAUCCGGAACGCCACCUCACAAGGGGACAUGCAAAGGAGCAUGGAUCUAUUCGUUGCCGUCUGUGAAAACUUCAGUCUGAUCAUAAACACGGAGAAGACGGUGCUCAUGCAUUAA